AUGAGCUACCCAACGACGUCCUGGCGUCCGCACCAGUCCGACUCGUACGCCUACCCGCCUGCCCAGCCAGCUUCGUACGCUCCCUACCCGCCUUCUUCCUCGGUUCCUCCCGCCGCCGCCGCAGCCCCACAGAACCCGCACCCGAUGUCCCAGCAUCCGCCACCGCCUCAACAGCACUAUCACUCGCAGUCGGCGUCGCCGCCCAGGAGCUUUGGCGGGUUCGGGUCGAGCCGCAGCGGAGGAAGGGAGAUGGGCAGCGCAGCGUCGCUUCCUCCGCUCGAGGCCCCGGGGUCGUUCCCAUACUCUCAGCGAGGUCCUUAUCCGCCCUCGCCCGUCUCGCCCUCGUACCCAGGUGGCAUGGCGGGUCAGAUGUCGUCCUCGUCCAGCUACACGACUUCAGGACCAUCAGGAAGUUACUACAGUUCGCGUCCGCCACCACCUCCCGAGUCCUACAUGUUCUCCAGCUGUCCUCCCAACGUCUCGAUGCACCCGCCGCCCGCUCCGCCUCGCACGCCUCCGCCCUCAGCCGGCCGGAAGGAGCGAGUCCCGUCUGCUCAGGGGUCCUUCGCGCAGUAUCAGCCCGUCGCAGUCUCGUCAAAAUCGAGACCGCCGUCGGGAUACGGAGCGCCGCACUCGUAUGCGCCACGGGCGGACGAAGGGAACUACCAGCAGCAGGCGCAGUCGGAGGACAUAAGCAAGUUCUUCCAAGAGAUGACCGAGAUACUGGGUCCCGAAGGACUGGCUGCCAUCUCUGCCUCGCCAUCCUUCCGCCAACAGCAGCAGCCGUUCGAGCCACAACCGCCUCCUCCUCCCUCGCGGCCUUCACAUAGCUCGUCGGCGUCGAACUCACGACCGACUUCGAGCAAGUCAGAGGCAAAGUACAACGUCUCGGGCGUGCUUUUGACGGAGGAGGAGUACCGCGCACUUGCGGACUCGCCCUCCCUCGCGAGACGAAAGUCGUCACUCCGCACCUUUGCGCCCACUCAGUCGCUCGAUGACACAUUUGCGUACGGUGUCAAUCCCUCGUCAACAUAUGAAGCCUCGCAGUCCGCCUACCUCGACUUUCCCCUCGACCUUCAAAGACCCGCUUCGGCUCCCCCAACUCCCGCCUUCGAGCCUGAAGCCGUCUUCCACUUUUCAGCGUACGGGUCGUCAGGCAACUCGCCACCACGAGGAUCUGCCCCGCUCAAUCGCCGACGAGGUUCAUCGCUCGACCCGUCCAUCCCUCGCUCAUUCGGCUCGUCCGGCCUCGUCGGAUACGCGCCGCCUCAGGAGUAUAGCUACGCCCCACCGCGAGCUCGGACUCCGCCUCAGCAGCAGCAGCGGAGGCCGUCUGCCUCGAUGCAGGGGUGGACUUAUCCCGAGACGCCGAUGUCUGCGCCGCAACGAGGUUACUACGCCCAACCUCCGCCUCCUUCCGCCUAUACCCCCUACCUGCGCCACCAACUCGACCCCAUAUCUCCUUCUCCCGCUCCGUCGUCGUCUCGCUCUGCACCGACGCCGUCCACUCCCUCGAAACCGACUGGCGGAAGUCGACGAGCGCGAGGCGGCAACAAGUCGAUCUCGUUCAUCAACUUCUCGGCUGCCGACUCCAAGACGCUCUUGAAUGGUGUUGCGCCGAGCGGGAGCUCGAAGAAGCGCCAGCGGGACGAGGACGAUGGACGGAGGGAGGCGAAGAGGACGGAUGUUGGGGCGAGGGAGUGA